UCUUAUAUAAACCAUUCAUAUACUAAAGGGAAGUUGGCCAACGGUUAGUUUCCAUGAUUCUCUUGGAAUUGAAGCAAAAGCUGUUAGAUUAUUAGUCACCAUCUGAAUCCAACUCUACCUGCCUUUCUUCACCCUUCAUCUUCCUCUCUCCUCUUCUCUGCUCUUCCUUUUAUGAUUUUUCUUUCCAAUCAGAAUCUGUGAAUGGCUUUCCAAGUUUUGAACUAUGGGUUCUGAAGGUUCUGAAGAUUCUGAAGAUAGCCUCAAGAACUGAACUCAAAUUUGUUUAAUUUUGGUUCCAUGUGGAAGUGUGAAGCAUGAAUACUCGAUAAUAUUCCCCACCGGAUUCAUUGUAUAGCUCUGGCAUUCCAUUUUCAUUUCCAUCAAUUUCUUCAACUGGAGAAGAAGAUCAGAUGGCAAUUGGUGUCCGAAAUGGGUCAGCUCGAGUCCCUCCCUCAUCUUUCUUGAUGAGAACAGCAAUGAGAAUCUCAAGAGCGAAUUGGUUUAAUUUCUUGAGAAGAGUCUUCCAUUACCAGAAUGGGUCAAGGUCUGAUCUUGGAUCAAAUCCUUUUAAUUCUGGGUCUUGGAUUACCUUGGAGUUCAUAGCCUUGGCUGUUCAGAUAACAGUUAUAUCUCUCACGCUGGUCACCUCCAAGGAAGAGAAGCCAGUGUGGCCUCUAAAGAUAUGGAUUGUUGGGUAUGCCAUUGGAUGCCUUUUAACUCUGCCUCUACUGUAUUGGCGCUUUCAGCAUCGUUAUUUGAUCCAAGGGAACUCUGAUUUAGAACAGCAGAGAAACAAUGAAGAAUCCAGGUCAAAUUUGAUGAACAAAUCCAGGACUUUCCUUGAACUGUUCUUCGCAAUUUGGUUCGUGAUUGGCAACGUUUGGGUCUUUGAUUCUCGCUUUGGAUCCUUCAAUCGAGCUCCAAAGCUUCAUGUGCUCUGCAUUUCACUGCUUGCUUGGAAUGCUGUCAGCUACUCUUUUCCCUUCAUGCUGUUUCUAUUGCUCUGUUGCUGUGUGCCAUUGAUCAGCAAGAUCCUUGGCUACAACAUGAACAUGGGUUCAGCAGAUCGAGGGGCAUCUGAUGAUCAGAUCUCCCACCUACCCAGCUGGAAAUAUAUGCAAGUUGAUAGCCAUUCAAGGCCUGGUGAUGGUGCUGAGUGCAAUUCAGAUCCUGAGAACGAAAAUUCAGAAUGUUGCAUUUGCCUGGCUAAAUACAGAGACAAGGAAGAGGUUAAGCAGUUGCCAUGUUCCCAUAAUUUCCACCAAAGUUGUGUGGAUCAGUGGCUCAGGAUUAUAUCCUCUUGUCCUCUUUGUAAACAAGAUCUAAGGAGAUAAAAAACAACAAGAGCAAAGCUCACUAUAGGCCAGCUUUUGUUUUGAUUGUUAAUAUUCAUGUAUCUACGGAUUAUUUUGAGUGUGUUUAUUGUACAGUUCAGGAUUGUCUGGAUCCCAAGGGAAACAGGAUCCAAUAUCAAUACAGUGUGAUACAAGUACUGAUCAGAUUGCAGCA